CCCAUGUUUGCAGUUUGGAUUUCCGCCCUAUGGCUGCAGCUGACCAGUCGAGUCAUUCGAGCCGGGUCGGAGUCCGACAUGGUGAUUCCCAGGAUGAAGGCACAGGGGCUGACAACGCCCGCCCAAAUUCACAGGGCUUUGGCUCCUGCCUGGAAGAGUUUGGUGGAAGAGCGCAAUGCUGCAGGACUCGUCGCUCCCAAGGAGGAGGGGCAAGCCCAAGCUCCGCUAGGUCCCGAGGAAGCCGCAUUUCAAUAUGAUCGAGUUCAGAGAGGAGAGGUGGACUCAGCUCGGCUACUCCUGGUCUUUGGCAUGGUACCAUCAGCAAGGUACUUGGAUGACAGCACGAGCCGUUUCUUGACGGAGCAUGACGAAGGUCGGAAUGAAAGCAGGGGUGACUUGGAAGUUCACCUGGCAUCGCAUCGUUAUGCGGAUGGUGCCUCACCGCUUCACAUGGCAGCUAUGUUUGGCUUUCCUCAAGCCUUGAGAUCUUUGUUGCAGUCUGGUGCUGAUCUGAAUGUCACCAGUCAGUCAGGACUUCAAGCCAUUCACGCAGCAGCCAUUGCGGGCCAUGCAGAUGUUGUGGAGAUCCUAGUGGAACAUGGAGCAGAUCCCAACUCGCGCCAUAGAUUUGCCGGAAAUUCGCCAUUGCACUUUGCUGCCGAGAUGGGCCAUCUGUCGGUGGUGCGUCGCCUCUGCGACUUGAAGGCUGACGUGGAAGCAGAGAAGAUGCAGGGAGGUACUGCCCUGCAUACAGCUGCAGACACCAACAAUGCCGCUGUAGCUCAGGUCCUAUUGGAAUCUUGCGCUGCGGACCCUGAAGCUCUACUGUUGGGAGAUACGGUUCCACUGUAUCUGGCAGCUGGUCGUGGAUUUCCGAAAGUCAUCGAUGUGCUGAUAGCUGGAGGGGCCAACCCUGAUAGGACUCUUCGUUCCAGACGAGUGCGCAGCAAAGGGAAGGUCACCUCAGCUUCUCUGCCCGGCAGCAGCCCGGAUGCACCGGGCUGGGAAGAGGGAAAUGGUGCGACGCCCUGGCACAAUGCCUGCGAGAACGGCCACCUCUCAGCUGUAAGAGCCUUUCUGGAUGCUGGAGCUCGACAACUGAACACCAUGGAAGGUGUAACACCUCUGAUCACCGCCCUGCAGUACUCGCACCCGGAGAUCGCCAUGGCGUUGCUAGAUGGACGAACACCAGCACAGCUGGAUGUGACAUCUCCUAGAGACGGGCAGUCCGCCCUGCACAUCGCCAGCGGCCUGGGCUUCGCGACGGUCGUGGCCCGGAUUCUCCACUUGGGCGGCCGAAGCGACGUCCGAGACCGUGCAGGCCACCUACCGCUUGACUACGCUGCAAGUGGCCCUGUGCGUUGGUUGCUGCAGCGUUUUCACGGCAGGGAUCGCCACUUAGAUUCCAUUGCGCGCUCCUACCUCAGCGGUGGGUUGGAUGAAGCCCUAGGGCAGAUCGAUGGAGCUGAUGUAAGUGCUGUGAAGAAGGAAACCUACAGGAAAUAUUUGGCCGCGCAUCACGAUGGCACGCUGCCAGAAGAGGUCUCCCAGCUGGCUAGGCUCAUCAAAGAGGACGUCGGAGAGAUGGCAAUGUUUCAGUUCUCUGUGGCUCGAUAUCUGCUGGCGGGUGCCAGUGAUUUACCUACGGCCAUCGAGGCAAUGCUGAGUGGCGACAGCGAGACGGCCGUCCAGGUGGGUCUCGUUUUGUUGGGAGUGACGCGGAAGGUGAGUUACCAACCUGGCAGAGCGCUGUGGGUGAACGGUGUGCAGCUUCUUCCGCAGCUGCAAAAUCUCUUGAAGGCGGCUGCUGAAACGUCUGAUGCCGCAGCAUUGGAGGAGAUGGCGCAAGACCUGCUACGGAGCAUUGAACCAUUGCAGCGUUCCGAGCUGUAAACGUUCCGGGCUGUCGAUCAACUGGAUUGGAAGCUUCAAGAUCCGACAGGAGGAGGAGCCGGGUGAUACUCUUGGCCAUUCUUGGCCCCAUCGGCUGGAAGAAGGUCAGCUUAUGAUGCUUAUGUCAGCUUCCAGAAUCCUCCAGAAUCCUCGAAUCCUCCAGAAGGUGCCGAAACCAGCCGACACUGAGAAGUCUGCCAGAGCUAACUUGGGCUGAGAGGUUACUAUUUGCACUGACCAUUUGCAGGUGAUUCUCACCCGAACCGCUGCAAAAAAUCAAGGCAUCUCCAGGCCUCCAAGCAGUUCCCCAGUGAAUUCAGAGUCCAAAUCUGGACAACCCCGGAGAGAUCCCCAAUCACAUCCAGUACAACUUGGACGUCUGCAGCAAUGCCG